CCCCCGUCCCCCCCCUCCCCGUGCCCGUGCCCGGCCGUGGCGGCGGCGCGGGGCCCGCCCCCGGCGCGGCGGGGGCUGAGGCGGGGGGCGAGGCGCCGAGUGCUGCUCCCUGGCGCUCGGAGCCCGCUCCAGCGGCGAACAUGAGCGAUCAUGGCCGCCUUCGGGCUCCUCAGCUAUGAGCAGAGACCGCUCAAGCGGCCGCGCCUGGGGCCGCCCGACGUCUACCCGCAGGACCCGCGGCAGAAGGAGGAUGAACUUACUGCAGUGAACGUAAAGCAAGGCUUCAGUAAUCAGCCUGCCUUCUCUGGAGAUGAGCAUGGGUCUGCUAGAAAUAUCGUCAUUAAUGCCUCAAAGAUUGGCGCUUACUUUAGCAGCAUAUUAGCGGAAAAGCUAAAACUUAACACGUUCCAGGACACAGGAAAGAAGAAACCACAAAUAAAUGCCAAAGAUAACUACUGGCUGGUUACUGCUCGGUCUCAGAGUGCAAUUCACAACUGGUUCACAGAUUUAGCAGGAAGUAAACCACUGACUAUUUUAGCAAAAAAGGUUCCAAUUCUCAGUAAAAAAGAAGAUGUUUUUGCUUACUUAGCAAAAUAUUCUGUGCCACUGCUACGAGCGGCAUGGCUGAUCAAAAUGACAUGUGCCUACUAUGCUGCUAUUUCUGAAGCUAAAAUCAAGAAACGCCAGGCCACCGAUCCAAAUAUAGAAUGGACUCAAAUUAUAACCAGAUACCUUCGGGAGCAGCUGGCAAAGGUUGCAGAGUUCUACCAUGUGACAACCAGCCAAGGCAACGGCUCUGUGGUGAUGCCUCAAGAGAUGGAACAAGCCUUGAAGCAGUGGGAAUAUAAUGAAAAAUUGUCAUUUUACAUGUUUCAGGAAGGAAUGCUCGAGAGACAUGAGUAUUUGACAUGGAUACUGGAUGUUUUGGAAAAAAUCAGACCUACUGAUGAUGAUCUUCUUAAGCUGUUGUUGCCGCUAAUGUUGCAGUAUUCAGAGGAGUUUGUUCAAUCAGCUUACCUAUCCCGUCGCCUUGCUUACUUUUGUGCCAGACGCCUGUCGUUACUGUUAAGCGAUGGUCCUACCCUUGUGGCUGCACAUUCCCCUCACAUGAUAAUUGGGCCAAGCAACCCUCCUUUGGCAGCCCCAAGUCCGACCGCGCCUGGUCCUGCGGUGAGCCCGGUACAGCUGGCCUGCUCCGAUUUCCUCUCCUGCCCUCAACAUCGUCCGCUGGUGUAUGGGCUCAGUUGUAUGCUGCAGACUGUAACUCUUUGUUGCCCAAGUGCCUUGGUGUGGAAUUAUUCCACAAAUGAAAAUAAGAACAUUAAUCCAGGCUCACCUCUGGAUUUACUUCAAGUUGCUCCAUCUAGUUUACCUAUGCCAGGUGGAAAUUCAUCAUUUAAUCAACAGGUUCGGGCAAAGAUUUAUGAAGUAGAACAGCAGAUAAAACAAAGAGGUCGUGCUGUGGAGGUGCGGUGGUCUUUUGACAAGUGCCAAGAAUCAACUGCAGGGGUGACCAUCAGCCGAGUUUUGCACACCUUAGAAGUGUUGGAUCGACAUUGUUUUGACAGAUCAGAUUCCAGCAAUUCGAUGGAGACUCUUUAUCAUAAGAUUUUCUGGGCAAACCAGAAUAAAGAUAACCAAGAGGUAGCCCCAAACGACGAAGCUGUGGUAACUCUACUCUGUGAAUGGGCUGUAAGCUGUAAAAGGUCUGGUAAGCACAGGGCCAUGGCUGUAGCCAAACUCCUGGAGAAGAGACAAGCAGAAAUUGAAGCAGAAAGAUGUGGUGAAUCUGAAGUCCUAGAUGAAAAGGAAUCUCUGUCUUCAGCCUCCUUGACAGGUUCCAGUCUUCCCGUUUUUCAGAAUGUCCUGCUGAGGUUUUUAGACACGCAGGCUCCCUCAUUAUCUGACCCAAAUAGUGAUCAUGAGAAGACAGAGUUUGUGAAUUUGGUGCUGCUGUUUUCUGAAUUCACUCGACAUGAUGUUUUCUCCCAUGAUGCGUACAUGUGCACUUUAAUAUCACGUGGAGACUUGUCAAUCACUGCAACUGCUAGAUCGCGUUCACCUAAUGGGGAAACUGUGGAUGAACACUAUUCUAAGGAUCAUGACAUGAAAAUGGAGAUUUUUUCUCCGAUGCCUGGGGAGUCUUGUGAGAAUAUGAACUCUUCUUUAGACAGAAGAAUUUCAGUUACCAGUGAGAAGUCAGUGAAGAGGGAAAGACUCAGAGAACUGAUUUUUCCAUCCAAUUAUGACCUCCUUCGCCAUUUGCAAUACGCAACGCAUUUCCCUAUACCACUGGAUGAAUCUUCAAGUCAUGAGUGUAACCAGCGCAUGAUUCUUCUUUAUGGUGUUGGUAAGGAGCGUGACGAAGCAAGACAUCAACUGAAGAAGAUUACCAAAGACAUCCUGAAAAUUCUGAAUAAGAAGAGCACUACUGAAACGGGUGUUGGGGAUGAAGGGCAAAAAGCCAGAAAGAACAAACAAGAAGCAUUUCCAACCCUUGAGACGGUGUUCACAAAACUACAGCAACUGUCGUAUUUUGACCAACAUCAGGUGACAUCUCAGAUCUCCAGUAAUGUUCUCGAACAAAUAACUAGUUUUGCCUCAGGAACAUCUUAUCAUCUUCCCUUGGCUCACCAUAUACAACUUAUCUUUGAUCUCAUGGAACCAGCACUGAACAUCAACGGACUGAUAGACUUUGCAAUACAGCUGCUGAACGAGCUGAGUGUUGUGGAGGCAGAGCUGCUGCUGAAGUCAUCCAGCCUGGCAGGAAGCUACACAACAGGGCUGUGUGUUUGCAUUGUUGCUGUCCUGCGCCGUUAUCAUGCCUGCCUCAUUCUCAACUCGGAGCAAACUGCGCAAGUAUUUGAAGGGUUGUGUGGGGUGGUCAAGCACGUCGUUAAUCCCUCAGAAUGUUCCUCCCCAGAAAGGUGUAUUUUAGCUUACCUCUAUGACCUGUAUGUAUCCUGUAGUCACCUGAGAAGCAAGUUUGGAGACCUCUUCAGUAGUGCCUGUUCUAAGGUGAAGCAAACAAUAUACAGCAAUGUUCAGCCUUCCAAUUCCAAUCUGCUGUGGGACCCAGAGUUCAUGCUAGAUUUUAUCGAGAAUCCUUCAGCUCAUAGCAUUAACUACUCAAUGCUGGGCAAGAUCCUGAGUGAUAACGCAGCCAACCGCUACAGCUUUGUCUGCAAUGCACUAAUGAAUGUGUGUAUGGGGCAUCAAGAUGCAGGAAGGAUUAAUGACAUAGCAAACCUUUGUGCGGAGCUGACGGCAUGCUGCACGGUGCUGAGCUCAGAGUGGCUAGGGGUUGUAAAAGCUCUUUGCUGCUCUUCAAAUCAUGUGUGGGGUUUCAAUGAUCUGCUCUGCAGCGUCGAUGUGAGUGACCUGUCAUUCCAUGAUUCCCUGGCCACUUUCAUUGCUAUAUUGAUUGCCCGGCAGUGCUUUUCUCUGGAGGAUGUAGUUCAGCACGUUGCACUGCCUUCUCUUCUUGCAGCUGCCUGCGGGGAUCCAGAUGCUGAGCCUGGGGCCAGGAUGACCUGUCGGCUUCUCCUACACCUCUUCAGGACACCCCAGGUCUGCCUCUUUCCACAGGAAACAGGGAAAUUAUUUCCUGGAAUUCGUUCUUCUUGUGAUCGUCACCUCUUGGCUGCUGCUCACAACAGUAUAGAAGUGGGAGCUGUGUUUGCAGUCUUAAAAGCAAUUUUGAUGCUUGGUGAUGCCGAGAUCGGCAGCAGCAGUGUCAACCCCUUGAAGAGCGAGGACUUCACUAUGAGAGGCUUAUUAGAAGACCUCAAUGAGGAUGAAAUGUGGGGUUCCUCUCACACACUGAAAUCAUGUGGAAAAGCUGUUUCCAUAGAAACUGCUAGUUUAAGCGAGUAUGCUAGAUAUGUGCUAAGAACUAUUUGCCAGCAGGAAUGGGUUGGAGAACAUUGCUUAAAAGAACCUGAGAGGCUAUGCACAGACAAAGAUCUUAUUUUGGAUCCUGUUCUUUCAAACAAACAAGCACAGAAACUUCUUCAACUUAUCUGCUAUCCUCAUGGUAUUAAAGAAUGCACUGAGGGAGACAACCCUCAGAGGCAGCACAUCAAACGCAUACUUCAGAAUUUAGAUCAGUGGACUCUCCGUCAGUCUUGGUUGGAGCUGCAACUAAUGAUCAAGCAGUGCAUGAAGGAGUCUGGUUCUGGGUCUGUGGCUGAAAUGAACAGCUUGUUGGAUAAUAUUGCAAAGGCGACAAUAGAGGUGUUUCAGCAAUCCGCUGAUCUAAACAAUAACUCUUCUAACUCUGGUAUAGGCCUCUUCAAUCCAAACUCUGUUGGAAAUGCUGACACAAGUAAUACAAGACAGAAUGGUAAAAAGACAUUCCUAAGCUCUUCUGAGAGGCGAGGAGUAUGGCUGGUGGCUCCCUUGAUUGCAAAACUGCCUACCUCAGUUCAAGGUAGGGUCUUGAAAGCUGCAGGAGAAGAGCUGGAGAAAGGGCAACAUUUGGGGUCAUCUUCUAAGAAGGAAAGAGAUAGACAGAAGCAAAAGAGCAUGUCUCUUUUGAGUCAGCAACCUUUCCUUUCUUUGGUACUUACUUGCCUUAAGGGACAGGAUGAGCAACGGGAAGGGCUUCUAACAUCACUGCAGAAUCAAGUUAAUCAGAUCCUUAGUAACUGGAGGGAAGAACGGUACCAGGAUGAUGUUAAAGCUAGACAAAUGAUGCAUGAAGCCUUACAACUUCGUCUUAAUUUGGUAGGUGGCAUGUUUGAUACUGUGCAGAGGAGUACCCAGUGGACCACUGACUGGGCACUUCUGCUCCUUCAGAUAAUCACUUCAGGAACUGUUGAUAUGCAGACCAACAAUGAAUUGUUCACAACUGUGCUUGACAUGCUGGGCGUUCUCAUCAACGGGACACUUGCCUCCGACUUGUCAAAUGCUUCUCAAGGAGGGCCUGAGGAAAACAAAAGGGCUUAUAUGAAUUUAGUGAAAAAGUUAAAAAAAGAGCUGGGAGACAAGCGGUCAGAAAGCAUUGACAAGGUUCGCCAGCUGCUCCCUUUGCCAAAGCAGACAUGUGAUAUUAUUACUUGUGAGCCUAUGGGAUCCUUGAUUGACACCAAGGGCAACAAAAUUGCAGGAUUUGACUCCAUUGAUAAGAAACAGGGCCUUCAGGUUUCAACAAAACAAAAAGUGUCCCCUUGGGACUUAUUUGAAGGUCAUAAAAAUCCUGCCCCUCUCUCCUGGGCAUGGUUUGGUACAGUUCGUGUCGAUAGGAAAGUGAUCAAAUACGAAGAGCAGCAGCAUCUCCUCCUGUAUCACACACACCCCAAACCCAAGCCACGGAGCUACUACCUCGAGCCCUUGCCCCUUCCUCCAGAGGAGGAGGAGGAAGAGCCUACCACACCUGUCUCUCAGGAACCAGAAAGAAAGUCAGGAGAGCUCUCAGAUCAGGGAAAACAUGGCAUGGAUGAUGAGAAGAAGACAAAAGGCAGGAAGAGAAAGUCAAAGUCAAGCUCAAGGACUGAUGAAUAUCCACAGAACAACUUAUACAGAGUGCCUCCCAAUUAUUCACCUAUUUCCUCUCAAAUGAUGCAUCAUCCUCAGUCUGCCUUGUGGGGUUACAACAUCAUGGGACAGCCACAGCAGCCUGGUUUCUUUGUGCAGAACCAACCCCUCCCACCAGGUGGUUCCAGACUGGAUCCAACAAGCUCCUUUGUUCCAACUAAUACGAAACAAGCCCUGUCGAACAUGCUGCAGCGACGCUCUGGCACCAUGAUGCAGCCCCCCUCUAUCCAUGCAAUCACACCUCAGCAGCAGUUGCUCCAGAUGAAACUCCUGCAGCAAGAGCAGCAGCAGCAGCAGCAGCGGCUGCUCAGGCAGCAAGCACAGGCACGAUCUCUCCAACAGGGCCAGCCGAUGGACCAAGCUGCUCUGUUCACUCCGCAAGUUCGCCCCCCGGCUCAGCUCCCGCAGUACCCAGGGUUGCAGCAAGCACAGAGCAUGCCUCAUGGAUACACAAUGUACAGCACACAGAUGCCUUUGCAGCACAGCAGCCCUGGCGGCGUGGUGCUCUCCCCCAGCUACAACCCCCGGGCAUACACAGCGGCUCACUCCGGCCCCGCGCUGAUGGAGAGGCUGAGGCAGAUGCAGCAGCAGCCGAGUGGAUACAUCCAGCAGCAGGCUGCUGCAUACAUCCAGCCUUUGGCAGGCACUCAGCGAUUGAGCCAUCAGCCUUUGCAGCCAAAUUCGUUGAUAGGAGGGGGACUGGACAGUGCAUCAACCACAGGUCCUCAUCCAAACCUGAACUCGGCACAGCUGCCUCAGGAGCAAAUGCGACAGAGGCAGCAGCAGAUUCGACAGCAGAGACUCUUCCAGUUGCAGCAGGGGCAGCAGCAGGGCCAGCAGCAGCCACAGACGCUCGGUCUCCAGCCCGUGCAGCCGCAGCAGCCCUUGUUUCCACGGCAAGGCUUACAACAGACACAGCAGCAGCAACAGACGGCGGCACUGGUCAGGCAACUCCAGAAGCAGCUCUCUAGUAACCAGCCACAACAAGGAGUGAAUCAAUAUGGGCAUCCUUCACACUUCUAAAUGAAAAAGAUGGAAAGGAGACGUAGUGUUACGUUUGCACUGAAGAACAGAACAUUCAAAUUUCAAUGCACUAGUUAUUGCUAGAAAGCAAACUUUCGUUUUCUUCUCUGAUUUCAAUAAUUAUUUUUUUGUGCUGCAGUUGAUGUGAAUAUGUAACAAGUUUUUUUGGGGUUUUGAUUUCCUUUGCAUUUAAUUAGAUUUAAAUGUAGGGAUGUGUGGGCCUACUUGAAGAAUGUUAUUGCAGAUUUUAUGAAUUUGGUGCUUUUUAGGUCCUGUUACUUUUAAAGAGGACAAAGAAUGCUGGAUUUAUUUAUUUGUGGGAAACACUUUCUUGUUAUUCUUUUUUUUUUUGUUGUUGUUAUUUUUUAAGAACUGCACUGGACCAAACUACUGAAUUGAAAGGCACUUCCAAUUUUGGCAUAGAAGUUGAUUUGUUCAUUAAAAUAUUCACAUCUUUGUUUAAUGGUAGAACAAGUGUUAAUUUAAAUUGUAUUCAUUUGACUGUAAUUUUCAUAUGCACUUUAUAAAGUUCUUUGUUUAAAGUAACAAUUCUCUCUCGCUCUCAUUGUGGUCAGAAGGUGCUGAAGUGGGUUUAUUGCUUGUAUUAGAACCUCUUAAAAUUUAUAUUAAAAGCCACAAUGUAAUGUUAAUAAACCUACUAGAAGUAGCAGUGUAUUUUCAUAUUUGGUCCUUUCAAUAUAAAGUUCAUUGGUGAUCAGUUGAAAGAGUACAAAACAUAGUAACAAGGACUGAGCAGUCAGAAUAGGUUUUAAUCUGCUCAUGUAGGGCAGCCUCCGAGUGCUGGUAAAGCCUGACGGGAGACAACUCUGUGUCUCGAUGGGUUCAGUAAGAAUAUCUCAUACGAGGGUUCACAAGGAGAGGGUGGAAAAGCCACCAGAGUCUUUCUUGCUGUUUCAGUGUUUCUGUAGCUGACACGUGUGUAUACUGAAGUCGCCCUAUAUGAGUUAUUCCUGUUAUAUAUGUCUACUACUACUUACUUUGUAUGUUAACUAUUUAAAAUUCUGGGUUUGAUGCUUGAUUGCUAAGUGAGUUUCAGUGGUGUAAUGCAUUAUUUAUCAUCAGCCGAGUGCAAAACUACAAGUAAAUUACAAAUCAAACCAUUAUUUAAACCUGUUCAAAUAUGUCAUAAUUUUGAGUUUAAAACAAAAGAAUAAAUUUAUUACUAUUUUAUGUAA